GGAAGUGACGUACCGCAGCGAAGAAGAGGCUGUCAUUCCGGUCAAAUGCGGGUAAAUGUCAGCCUGAGCAGAACCUGUCGAGAAGCUUGAGUUUAGUGGCGCUGUUUGCUGUUCCUGCUUCGACCUUUGGAGAAAGAAAGCGGGACCAUGUUGAGGGUUUGUCUGCGAGGAGUGAAGGCUUCAGCCCGGAAGGACUGUGGGAGACUCCGUGUGAUUCACCUGCAGCAGAGCAGGGGGUACGCCUCAGGAGGAAGCAGCAGCGGCGCCUCCAGAGUGGUCUUCACUGGCUUGUUAACGGUGAGCGGCGGCAUCGGGGGCACGGUUCUCUACGCCAAUUGGGAUCCCAAGUUUCGAGCAGCGGUGGAGAAGAACGUCCCGUACUCAGACUGGCUGCUGGGCCUGGCUCUGGGACCGGCUCCUCGGGAUUCAGGACUCCCCGUCAGGAAACGGAUGGAGUCCAUCCAGCCGCCGUCCAUGAUGGAAAAGCAGAAGAAGACGUCCAAAGUCAAGUCAGGAAAGGAGACGGCGGAGCCUCCUGCCCCAGAGUCCAGUCAAGCAGCGCCUUCACCCAGCAUGCAGGGUAAGAUGAUGGAGUCCAUCCAGCCGCCGUCCAUGAUGGAAAAGCAGAAGAAGACGUCCAAAGUCAAGUCAGGAAAGGAGACGGCGGAGCCUCCUGCCCCAGAGUCCAGUCAAGCAGCGCCUUCACCCAGCAUGCAGGAAGCUUCAGCUGAAGCUACUCAGAUCAUCUCGGCCAUCAGUGAGGUCCAAUCGGUUCCUGCUCCGUGUGACUCACAGGCUAAAGGUUACCAUGAUGUGUCCUUCUGUCCUGCAGCUGUAUCAGCUAGUCUGGAAGACUCUCUGGCUAGCACUGCUCAGGCUACUCUGCAGGCCAUCGGCGCGCAGGAAGCAGCUCUGCAGGCCAUCACUCUGCACACUGACAAGCUGAAGGAGGCAAUGGAGGCAGAGGCUCCAUCUGAGGAGAAGUCGACCCAGUGGAAAGAUCUAGAAGCUGCUCUCGCUGACAGAACCACUUCGAUGAGCGACGCCAAAGCUGCUCUUCUCAAAGCCAAUGAAGCUCUGGACGCUCUGAAAGGUGUGAUCGACUCGUCCAAAGGACUGAAGGUCCCGGCUGCGCGGCCCCUGGUUCUGGCAGCAGAGGAGAACCUGCAUAGAAUGAUGGUGGACCUGGACAAAGUGGUCUCCAAGGUUCAGUCUGCAGAGUCGGAGGCAAAGAUCGUGGCCCAGUACAGCGAACUGGUCCGUGAGGCCAAGCAGCAGUUCCAGAGGGAGGUGAGCAGCCUGACUCCAGAGAUCCAGGCUAACUGGAAAGGACUCGCUGGCAAACUGUCCACGGACGACCUGAACGCUCUGAUCGCUCACGCUCAUCGCCGCAUCGACCAGCUGAACCGAGAGCUGGCGGAGCAGAGGGUCCGAGAGAAGGUCCACAUCCAGGCGGCGCUGGAGCAGCAGAAACUAGAGGACCAGAGAUCCCUGGAGAACGCCGUGAGCAGCGCCCUGCAGCACGUGAAGGAGGAGGCGCGGCUGGAGCAGGAGAGGAAGCUCGCAGAGUUGAGGGAAGUGAUCGAGGCAGAGAUGAGGACGCAGCUCCGCCGUCAGGCCGCCGCCCACACCGACCAUGUCCGAGACGUCCUCAAAGUCCAGGAGCAGGAGCUCAGAGCGGAAGCUGAACAGGUCCUCAGCAGCAAGAUGCUGGAGCAGGAGACGCGGUACCGGCAGCUGAGUCAGGAACAGCUGGAUAACUUCACCCUGGACAUGAACGCCGCCUACGCCAGGCUGAAGGGCGUGGAGGAGGCCAUAGACAGCCACGUGGAAGCAGAGGCGGCGGCCCGGAAAGCUCACCAGCUGUGGCUCUCUGUGGAAGCUCUCAAUUACGCCUUGAAAACUGCAGGCGCUGAAUCUCCCAGUAUGCCUCUGGAGGACGCCGCUGAGGCUGUGCGUGCCAGCUGCACGGAUAACGACUUUGCCUCGGCGCUGGCGUCGGCUCUGCCUGAAGAAUCGCUGAAGCGCGGCGUGUACAGCGAGGCUUCCCUCCGUGCUCGUUUCAACGCGCUGCGGUCGCUCGCUCGCAGAGUCGCUCUCAUCGAUGAAUCCCACAACACCUUGUACCAGUACUUCCUAUCCUACCUCCAAGCUGCGCUGCUGUUUGAGAAGCAGCAGGAAGCCCCGCCCACCCAGCUCCGCAGCGAGGAUUUGGAUCCCUUCAAGCUACUGUCCUAUGCCAGCUACUGCCUGGAGCACGGUGACCUGGAGCUAGCGGCUAAACUGGUGAACCAGCUGCGAGGAGAGGCCAGGAGAGUGGUGGAGGACUGGCUGACGGAGGCCAGGCUGACGCUGGAAACCCGGCAGGCGGCCAGUCUGCUGGCGGCGUACGCCAACGCCGCGGGGCUAGGAAGCACUCAGGUUCCAUAGCGCUGCGGCCGAGGAAAACGUUUCAAUUCAACCACAUUAACACCAGUUUAGUUUCCUGUAUUUGUCAACAUGUCCUGAAAAGUUGAUCCACAUUCAGCUCAACUCUGUUGUGAAUAUUGCACCCGUUAAAUAAACCAUGAAAAGGAACCAU